CGUAUGAGCUCGGAGGAAUAAGAGGAGGACAAGAUGGCAAACUCAGCACUAGAGUUAGUGGGACUGAUAUUGACGCUGAUUGGGCUGAUUGGGGCAGCAGCAAGCACUGGGAUGCCAAUGUGGCGAGUCACAGCCUUCAUUGGGGAAAACAUCAUUGUGUUUGAGACUCGCUACGAGGGUCUGUGGAUGAAUUGCUUUCGGCAGGCCAACAUCAGAAUGCAGUGUAAGGUGUAUGAUUCUCUACUGGCCCUGACUCCGGACCUACAGGCGGCACGGGGGCUCAUGUGCUGCUCUCUUGGGCUGGCUGGCAUUGGUCUGCUGAUCAGUUUGGUGGGGCUGCAGUGCACGUCAUGUCUUGAAAACAAUGAUCGGGCUAAACGGCUGGUCCUCAUCAUUGCUGGAAGCUUGAUCAUGCUGUCUUGCUUCUGUGUCCUUAUCCCUGUGUCCUGGACAGGCCAUGUGAUCAUCAGGGACUUCUACAACCCCUUGCUGAUCGACGCCCAGCGCCGGGAGCUUGGAGAGGCUCUCUACAUCGGCUGGGUGGCCUCCGCUUUCUUGUUCUCUGGAGGAUGCAUUUUCAUUUGUUGCAAUCUGGAGUCUGAAGGCAAAGGUUCAGAGAGGUAUGUGUACUCAAGGAACUCUGACUACAUGGCCUAUCCUCCACAGCCUCUACAGCCUCAACAGCUGGUGGUACUUCCUCAAUCACAACCCCAGUUUCAGCCAGUGCUGUCAAGACAUCCAUCAACCAACUACAGCUACAACUCCAGAUACCCCUCUGUACGCAGCGGGGUGGCUUAUCUCUGAACACUGACUGAGGCAAUGAUGAUCACAGUUCUGGUCACUUUAUGCAAAAGGAUUUCUUUUUAAUAUGGGUUUGGUUUAGAGUGCACACUAUGACACAUUUCAAAUGUCAAAAGAUGCAUUUCAGGUAAAAUGAAAAACAAGAUGUUUCAAUGGAUACAUUUACUAUAAAUGCAAAUGGAUCAGAUUCAUAUAGAUGUCUGUUUUAAAGCACUCUUUUUAUACAUUAUUUGAGGAGUA